AUGAUCGGCUGCAUCGACGAAGUCGUCAACGCGGCUAUUACUCAGACUGGUGGGAUUGAGGACAUCCUCAAGGCGGCUAUCGCUCAGGCUAACAAGAAGAGGCAGGCAACACAAGAUAUUCGCCGUGAGAAUGCUACCCUCAAGGCCGACCUAGAUAAUGCCAACAGCAAGAUCGCGUGGCUAGAGGACUUGAUCCAGCACGAGGAAGGAUCCAAGACUCGUGUAUUACAAGAGCAGCGCAGCCACUAUCUGCAGAUCGGAGACCCUGACUUCCGGCGUGUUGUUCGCGAGAAGGAGAUGCAGCAGGCCACAGAUAUCCACGAGAUCGCGUCCCUCGAAACACAAUUCUUGGGCAACCGCACCUACAAAGGACAUGGCUUGAACAAUGCUGCUACAUCGGCGAUACGGGCGCGGUCAUCGACCACUGUGGCCUCUGCCAUGUCGCCGCCCGGUCUGCCCGUCCCGGAUUCGCCUUCUCGGCGAGCUCGAGCCUCGACGCUCGUCAAUUCUGCUUCGCGACCGUUCGACCCUACGGUAGGUAGCCCGGUAUUCAACGCCGGCUCAACGAAGCCCACCAUUGACUUGCUGGCCGUUGCACAUGCCCCGCGUGUGUAUGGUCUCCGCAACGCUCAGGGUCGGUACGAGAGCCUUAUCAUCUGCGCGAAAUGCCACAAGAUCUUUGCGUUCAACAGCUGGAAUCCCGAGCACUACAAGAACUGCAAGGGUCCAGACGAUGCUGCUAGCCCCGUGUCCGGAACGCACAGCAUGCCCUACCUCUGAGCCGGUCAGUCUCACGACGCCUUCAGUCGCCCCGAGAUCAACCAGCCCACCGCUAAGCACCCUGAGAUGUCGCCCUCCGACC